AUGUUAGAAGAAAUUAGGUUGUAUGUUAUGGAGAGGCAAUUCAAUCUGACCAUCAAAGGUUGUUCAUGGCCUGAUUAUAAACCAUGUCCAGUUAUUAUAAUCCUACUGAAUCAGUUGAAAAGAGCUCAAAGGUAUAGGCAGGUUUUACCAACUGGUUUAAACCAGUUUGAAACAAGAAAUUUGGCAGAGUCUUAUGUUGUGGAUAUAGAUAAGAAGACUUGUUCGUGUAGAGUGUGGCAACUAAAUGGGUAUGGAUGUGUGCAUUCAGUUGCAACUAUCUCAUACCUUAAUAGUGAUGUUGGUAAUUAUGUGGAUCCAAUGUAUUAUGGAGCAAUUUAUAAGAACACCUACAAGUAUCCAAUGUGUGGGAUGAAUGGUAGCAACAUGUGGUCAUCUACUAAAUUCAUUGCGCCUUUGCCACCAUUGAAGAGAAAAAUGCAAGGUAGACCAAAAGUGAAUAGAAGAAAGGAUGCAAGUGAAAGGGGUGCAAGACAUACUGUGUCAAAGGUUGGGAAAAAAGUAAAGAAAAGGAAGAGAGCAGAUGGAAAUGAUGGGGAAGGAAGUAGUGGUAAGAAGGCAAUGGAUGUUACAGAUGAGCAAGGAACUAGGGGUAAUAAGGGCAGUAAUGGUAAUGAUGGGGAAGGAAGCAGUGGUAAGAAGGCAAUUGAUGUUACAGAUGAGCAAGGAACUAUGGGUAAUAAGGGCAAUAAUGGUGAUGAUGGGAAAGGAAGAACUAUUAUGGACGUGCAUGGUAUUGGGGUCCAUUCUUGA